CCCCGACAUGGCGAGCGCACGCGUGCUCGUGCACGCGCAGCGCGCGGGGGCGGGGGGGGCGGCGGCGUUCGGGCAGAGUGUCACCGGCGUGUUCUGCCCCGCGCACACGGACGUGGCCCUGGUGAGCUGCGGGCUGGAGCGCGGCCACUUCCUCAUCUCCGAUGUCCCCUUCCCCGGCUCCACCGUUACCGUCCUCAAGAGACCCCCCUUCUGCCCCGCCAAGCUGGGAGGGGCCACGCCGGGUGACCGGGAGGGACAGCCGGGGGUGGCCGCAGCAGUGGCCGUGCUGCUGGAGGCUGCCUGCGGCCACGUCCUGCUGACCCGCCGAGCCACGACCCUGCGCCACUUCCCCAACGUUUGGGUGCCACCAGGUGGGCACUUGGAGCCAGGAGAAGAGCUGGUAGCCGCAGGGCUGCGGGAACUGGCGGAGGAGACGGGGCUGCACCUGGAGCCCGGGACCUUCUCGUGGAACCUGCUGGGCCUCUGGGAGUCCCUGUUCCCCCCCUCACUCAGCUGGGGGCCACCGCGCUGCCACCACAUCGUCGCCUACUUGGGGCUGCGCUCAGCCGAGCCCCGACAGCAGCUGCAGGUUGGAGGUCCCUAUCGAGGUUGGGGUUCCCCCCCCAUGGGGGUCCCUCCCUCCACGGGGAUCCAUGCCCAGGCCCGGUUGUGUCUGAGCCCGUGUGAGGUCAGUGCCGUGGCCUGGCUGGAGCCUCCAGUCCUGGAGGCCAUCGCUGCCACCGAGGAUGGAGCCGAGGGAUCGAGAUCAUCCCCUGGAGAGCUGCCGGCCACCGUGGGGAUCACGGAGCUGAGCGCCCACGGCUUCCGGAGCUCCCAGAUUCCCACCGGGAUCCUCCUGCGUCGGGCCCCAGCCCACGGCCCCGACGUGGAGCGCGUCAGCACUGGCACCAAAUUCGCGCUGGGGAGGUGGCGGGCAGGGCCCGGCCAGGGGCAGCGGAAAUAAAUUUCCAGCGGGAUCCCAGUCCGUGUCGGAGUGGGGCCAUGGAGACGCCAGGAA